UCUACCCCUGAUAACUUCAGAUGGGAUUAUUAUUCAGUGAAUUCAAAAAUUAAACAAAUAGUUUUGCUCAAGAAUUAAGAUAAAUUAUAAUUUUCGCGGUUUUAAAGUACUACUUCAUGGUUUUAGAGGGUACUUAAGCAUAUUUCUGUUUUUUUUUUUGGCGUUUUUAAGAACUGUUCCUGAUUUUCAGGGAGAAUGUCUGAAUCAGGAUCUGCGCGGGAAACUCCCGAGAGACCUAAAAAGGUCACACCUAAAUCUAAGGCUCUGGGAACCUCCUCUAAACGUAUCCUGAAAGAACAUUCAGAAAUUACCCUAGAUCCUCCUCCCAACUGUAGUGCUGGGCCCAAGAGUGACAAUCUGUUUGAAUGGAUUGCUACGAUCCUUGGUCCCCCUGGUUCUCCAUAUGAGGGAGGAGUCUUUCAUCUCGAUAUAUUGUUCUCUAGAGAGUAUCCAUUCAAACCACCCAGGGUAAGCAUCACCAUCAGAUUAAGCUUAACUCGUUACUAA